AAAAUAAUAAUAAUAAACAAUACUGUCUUUGUUCUUCCCCCCAACAACCCAAGAGAAGCGCAGUAAAUUGGAGAUCAGAGGAUAAAGUUGCAGAUAGGGCCAGAGGCUCCUUGGGUAUGGGUUCAAUACAAUCCGAAAGCUCUUGAACUCCAGUUGGAUUUUGCAGUUUUCCAGAAGUGAAAAAGCCCGCCCUUUUUUUCAAUGACAGGACAAGAUAAUUAAAGGUGUGGAAGCUGAAUCAGCUCCCUCUUUUAUUAAUGACGGAUGCAGAGGAGUAAUGAUGAUUGCAUCUUAUCAUCUAAUGAAACCCAAUGGCGCGACGAACGACCCUAUGUCUUUGGAUGGAACAAUCGCAGAGCAACGGAGGCGCAGAGGAAUGUCAAAGCAGUGAAUCUGGGUGGACCAUGUAUAUUGGAUCCACCAUAGAUGAUUAUGAAGACGACGACGACGUAGAUAACGAUCACACCCCUCAAGCUGAUGUAGAAGAUGAUGAAAGUGACGACUCGAUGGCUUCUGAUGCUUCUUCAGGCCCGAGCCAUUAUGGGAAUCCAUGGGAGAAUAUGGAAGGAGGCUAUGGCAUGGGAGAAGAGGAGCAUGAUGAGAAGUUUUUCUUGGGAAAGAAAGAUAAUAACAGAACAAGAGGGAAGCAAAUAGCAGGUAGAAAGGAGGAAGAGAAUGAAACUGUAUCCAUUGAUGACAAAGGUAAGGUUCCAGAUCAAGACAGUGACAAGGUGAGAAGAAAUUUCAGGAUGGCAAAACGGAAAUAGACGUACCUCUAUAUGCUCAGUAGGUUAAUUGUUUCGUGGGUUUUUACGUUAUGUUUUAAGACAUGAGUGAAUGAACAGAAGGGGGUUGUGUGUGCGCGUGAGCCUUAGCAAAGCUGACAGUUUGUGUCUUGUUUAGAUGUGUAAUCUCAUGAGGCAAUUACCGCAGAGCAUCUCUAGUUGCAUGAAAUGCAGAUAUUAAGAAAGAGGGGGCAUGUAUGAAGUAGUAGAGGAUAAUGAUUUGGUUGUGGCAAUGCUAUUUAAGCUGUGUUGUAAGUUGUCAUAUAUAAUAUUAUCUGGUAAACUCAA